UGAGGGCUCUGAGGCAACAUUGCACAAGUCAGUGUUCACAAUGGACAAGAUGAUGCUCAGGGCUGCUGUGCUGCUCAUUUUGUCAGGUCACUUAGGUUUGUGCGUGGGUGAAGACAUCUUAUCCCCGGGACCCCUGAGUGGAGCAGUGGCAGGGUUAGUGAAAUUCACCACAAACCUCGUGCCUCCCAAGAAUCCAUUCCUCUCCGUCAGCUGGAGUUUCAAAGGGCUCAACAUCAUCACGUCCACCAGCACCAACACCACGCAGCCCGGGUAUGUCAGCAGAAUCACGUUAGACCGGGCCACCGGAGGCCUGGAGCUCAGAAACCUGGUGCUGGAGGACAGUGGGGAGUACACCGUCACCAUCAUACCACACGAAGGGCCACAGAAGCAGGGGAAGACCACUCUGACCGUGUAUGCACCGAUAACAGGAGCCACCGUCCGCAGCCCCGUGGCCGUCCUGAUAGAAGAGAGAAGCUCCACCAACCUCACCUGCGAGGCCUCGGGCUCCAUCGGCAGCAGAAUCUGGAUGAAGGACGGACGGCCUCUCCAUCCCAGCAGCCGACUCAGCUUCUCCGCGGACAACAGGACAGUGUUCAUACAACCUGUGCACUUCUCCAACCAUGGCACCUACCAGUGUCGAGUCAGCAACCCAGUCAGCACCAUGACUGUGGCCCAUAAUCUGACUGUCAACUUUGGACCACACAACAUAUCGAUUAUCGGACCGUCAGCAGCUACGCCUGGCCAGCGAGUGAUGCUGCAGUGCACAGCGGACUCUGUCCCACUGGCAAACUUCAACUGGAUGUUCAACGGCAACGAGACUCGUGUGAAUAACUCCAUGUAUAUCAUAGAACGGUUGGGGCUGGAAAACAUAGGGAAUUACACCUGCAGUGCCAGAAAUAUGGUGACCAUGCUGGAAAACUCCACAAUGUUGAAUCUAAGAGCAUCCUGCACUGCCCCCUGCUGGUCGUUCUCAGUGCUGGUGAUCAGUGCAGCAACUCUGAGCGUGUUAAAGUGAGAAGAAGUGAAAGAUUCUUCACUCCGUAUUAUUAUCAUGAAAUAUUAUUGUGGACCAAGAGACGUCGAUCAUGCAGCUCGUCGUUCCUGAAAACAAAGCAGCGAGUCUUGCAACGGAAAAAUAAUUAUUAACUUGUUAUUUAAUUACACGUCAUGAAAAAUAAACAUACAGGAAAUGUAUGUUUAUUGCUUUAUUGUAGGUAUCAGCACCAGCUGGGUUUAUAUCUCACAUUCCUUGUGCAUUCUAUUAUAUGUGGAUGUAAUAGUGCAAAUAAAAGUCAGUGUGGGAACAACUGUUUCAACAAUUUACACAACCAUAAAUGCCUCCUACUGCUGACGUGAUCAUGAUGAAACCUUUGAACCAAAGGUCAUGGUUAUUUAGAGAAAGAGAGAAUUUCAAUAUCGAAACACUCCAGGCUUGAGAAAUGUUUUCUGGAAGAUGCUGAUCAGCAAUUUCACAACCCAGAUUUCUUAGUCGGGUUUUUGUUUUCUCUAUCAUUGCAUUAUUAAAAUAACAAUAAUAAUAUCAUGCAUUGUAUCUGACAGCCUCUGUCCAUGUAGGCAGUGAAAUAUAUUAGGUCAUACUAUGUUACCUUUUUCCCCCCAGGAAGUAGUUGUGUAAAACUAGACUUCCCCCUCUGGUGACAAUAAUUCAACAGUGCUACAAACAUUAUGACCCUUACACUUUUCACACAAUUGUUUCACACAAUCUAAAUAUCUACGCCUCAACAGGUCUCCUAUUUUUUUGCUGCACAGCGUCGUGUUGUUGGAGACAUUUCUCCUGUCGCCGGGCCGCAACUUUUUUCAGUUGUUUCGAGGUAAGAAAUUCUUACUCUGUUUCCUUAAUGUUGAGGUUAGGGCUGAUACAAGAAGUGAUGGUGUCUAAACCUGACACAUGAUGCCAUCAGCUAUUUUAACUUUGACUCACUUUUGAACAGUAAUGGACCAUAGUAACCUCCCAAAUUUGCUUGUGCAUGAAUUCAUGUGCUUGGAAAGACUCCUGCAUUGUGAGGUGUGUUUGUUUUGUCCAACACCUGAGGUUGGGCACAAUGAAAACUUGCAGCAAAUCCCCUCUCGUGCUGCUGGAGCUGAUUUACAUCACAUUAUUUCCAGUUCUGGAGGCACAACGAGUCAGUGUCUGGCCCGAAGUGAUUGGAUACCUGGGGCAUAAUGUCACGCUGCCAUGCCAGUUCAUCCAAGGACCAGAAAAAGGCAUUAUUACUCAGGUUCAGUGGAGUCUCCUGCAACCAGAAGGAAAUAGAUACACCAUUAUCGUUUCUAAUAAAAAGUUUGGGGUUAAUAUUCCAGAAUCUCCACUCAAGGAGAAAGUGGCGAUAAAAGAACAAGCGUUGAUAAUUGAAAAUGUUGAGAUGAAAAAUGCAGGGUUGUACAUGUGCACUCUUGCAACCUUCCCCAGUGGCUCAUUUGACGGAACAACCAGCCUCAUUGUUCAAGAGCAGAUGCCGUUAUCAGCAGGGGUGGUGACUGCUAUAGCGAUUGCUGCUAUACUCGUGGUAGGGAUUAUGACAGCUGGAGCUUACUUCAUCUUCAUCAGAAGGCGUGAUUCCUCGGUCAGACACAGUGUCUUCAUUGACACAGGUCGGACAGUGAUGGAUGUGUCCGGGCCUUCGGUUCUUGAAAGAGACGAGGGUGCGGUCUACUCCGACGUCAAGUUCAGACCAGCCAGAGAUGAGACGUCCUCUGACAAUGACAGACGCACGAAGUCCACAUGUGCUGAUGUCACGUACGCCGAAGUUGUAGUUUUGGGUCAGCAGCCCAAAUGAGGUCCAGAAAAAAAAAAUCACCUUAAAGCUGCUGUAUGUACAAUAAAUUGCAUUCAUCCUAUUUUUGUCAUCAUGCAGUAUAAUAUCAGCAUAUUCUGACAUCUAUGGAUAAAAUGCUCACCUGCAACUCUGUAGGUGCUCUCACAAGUUCUUGUUUUUUUUUCCCCCUUCCAUUGGCCUGUGCCAGACCAAGCUGGGAUGAUUUGUGUUUCCUCCAUAACCUCACUGGGGGAUGUACAAGAAAUGUAACAUUUCUCAUAGAAGAAUGUUUUUCAAGAACAAAUGCAGUCCUUGAAAUAACACCACUUUUAGCGUGUUUUCCACUGUGUAUUCCACCACGGCACGACCGCUGCCAUGCUCAUGGCGUAGUCAGCAUUCAGUCAUUUGAUGAUUAGCAAAAAAACAAACUACAACUGAUGUUGUGUCAUCAUAUUGUGUCAUCAUAUUUUAAAGUAUUUGGUCACGUGUAAAAUAACAUUUUGACCUGCGAGAUGAAAACUCUGUUGUAGAAGCAAUAUGCAGUAUCCUCCAUGAAUGUGUGUGUGCGUGUGUGUGUGUGUGUGUGUACCAAAUUGAAUAACCUAUGCCUUUCGUGUUUCAAUAAAGAACUUAAGUCAA